AUGGCCAAACCUUUAGAUCACAUCAAAAGACCCAUGAACGCCUUCAUGGUUUGGUCCAGAGGCCAGAGGAGGAAGAUGGCACAGGAAAACCCAAAGAUGCACAAUUCUGAGAUCAGCAAGAGGCUCGGCGCGGAGUGGAAGCUGCUCUCUGACUCCGAGAAACGUCCAUACAUCGACGAGGCCAAGAGGCUGAGGGCUCAGCACAUGAAAGAACACCCGGACUACAAGUACCGACCCCGGAGGAAACCCAAGAGCCUCCUGAAGAGAGACCGCUUCCUUUUCCCGCUGCCGUCUUUGCUCGGGGACGCAGCGGAGCAGUUGAAGGGAUUUGCCAUGGACUCUUUUCUAGUCCCCGGGGAUAAAGCCAGAGCUCUCCUCGCUCCUUCCUCAUCCUCCUCUUCUUCAUCCUUCUCCCUGUUAGAGCCGGUGGCGCAGUUCAGCACUGGUGCGGUCCCGCACGCUCUGGCCGCUGGCGCUUUGCCCUUCAGCGCGCACACGUUUGGAUACCAGACUGGAGGGAUUGGGAGUCUGGCUUGUCCCGGACAGCACAGCCACACUCACACCCACACCCACCCGUCCCCCUCCGGCCCGGGUUACAUGGUUCCGUGUAACUGUAGCGCCUGGUCUGCUGCCAGUUUGCAGCCCCAGGUGGCUUAUAUCCUCUUCCCUGGAGGGAUGAAGAGCGGCGUGGAGACGUACUCCUCAGCCGGCUCCAGCGUCUGA